AAAAUAUAAAACAAAAUGGCGGUAAUGAAAUUAAAUAGAUUUUGUUGUUGUCUUGAUUUGAAAAUCGGAAUUCAGAUAAUUGGUACUUUGGUACUACUUGGAUAUAUAUUUGUGACUGGAGUCCCAUUUAGUGGUAAUGAUCAGUUUUGUACGGAUUUAUAUUACGACAAAUGUGGAAAUUUAACGGCAGGUGUAAAAGCAGUGAUUACUUUUUUUAAUUUACUUACGAUUUUGGUCAUUAUAUUAAUGAUAUAUGGAUCAGAAAAGAAUUUUCCCGCACUAAUGAUGCCGAUGCUCAUAAUAUAUGCAGGUUCUAUAAUUUGGAGCUAUGUUAGUUUUUUGUUUGCAUCAGUUAUGGCCUUCAGAAAAAGAGGCGCCGGGUAUGGAAUAAUGAACCUUAUUAUCGGAAGUACAGCAACGGCGUUAUUAGUCUACUUCUGGAUGGUGAUAUAUUACCGAUACAGAGAAAUUAAAGCUGAUCGGAUUCCGUUAGAUCCCAGAGAAAAUCAUCCUCUGCAACCGUAAAUUGCAAAAAAAUUUAUAAACCAUACGAAUUUAUACCAAAAAUGGCUGUCACUAUUAAAUAUCACUUUACAAAAAAACCUAAAAUUGGAUUAUUUAUUUUAUAUUCUGCCGUUAUUGCCUCGAUUAUUACGCCAGCGGUUAUUGCGGGUAUUAAUAAAUUUACUGUAGCUCUGGCACCGACCAGAGUGAAUAAAUUAUCGUUACAUGC